GGGAGAGACUGUGCUGAUUUUGGGGUACACAGGGUGCUGAUUUAGGGGUACCAGUGGGAAACGCUGUGUAUAGGGUUUGGUGGUUUUGGGGUGCGGCGUGUGCCCGCCAUCGCCAUGGCAACAUCUGAGCCCCCGUGCUCUCGUAGGCUGGCACUGGACUGCCGCACGCUCCUGGACCAUCGGGUGGGCGGCGGUGUGUGUGGCUGUUGCGGGGCCCUGAGGCCGCGCUAUAAGAGGCUGGUGGAUAACAUCUUCCCCGAGGACCCCGAGGAUGGCCUAGUGAAGGCCAACAUGGAAAAGCUGACAUUCUACGCCCUGUCUGCGCCGGAGAAGCUGGACCGGAUCGGAGCCUACCUGUCGGAACGUCUGUCCCGUGAUGUGGCCCGACACCGAUAUGGGUAUGUGUGUAUCGCUAUGGAAGCUCUGGAUCAGCUCCUGAUGGCGUGCCACUGCCAGAGCAUCAACCUGUUUGUGGAGAGCUUCCUCAAAAUGGUGCGCAAGCUCCUGGAGUCAGACAAGCCCAACCUGCAGAUCCUCGGCACCAACUCUUUUGUGAAGUUUGCCAACAUCGAGGAGGACACGCCGUCGUACCAUCGCAGUUACGACUUCUUCGUGUCGCGCUUCAGUGAGAUGUGCCACUCCGGCUAUGAGGACCCCGACAUCCGCACCAAGAUCCGUAUGGCGGGCAUUAAGGGACUUCAGGGUGUGGUGAGGAAAACGGUGAAUGACGAGCUGCAGGCCAACAUCUGGGAACCCCAACACAUGGACAAGAUCGUCCCCUCACUGCUGUUCAACCUGCAGUCUGGAGAAGGCACCGAGAGUCGCUCCCCUUCCCCUCUGCAGGCUGAGAAGGAGAGGGAGGGGAGUCAGUGGAGGUUGACCCCGGCUGCUUCAGAGAGGAGGCUGCUUGGGCAGCGCCCGGCUUAUGGCAACAUCAAAGGUGCCGUCACCCCUGUACUCAUGCAUCUGGAUAACCACUCUCUGUGGGAGGGGAAGACUUUUGCAGUGCGCUGCUUCAAGAUCAUCAUGUACUCCAUCCAGUCGCAGCACUCCCACCUGGUGAUCCAGCAGCUGCUGGGACACCUGGAUGCCAACAGCAAGAGCUCCGCCCCAGUGCGUGCUGGGAUAGUGGAGGUCCUGCUGGAGGCGGCCGCCAUCGCAGCCAGCGGCUCCGUGGGUCCGACGGUGCUGGAGGUGUUCAAUACGUUGCUCAGGCACCUGAGGCUGAGUGUGGACUAUGAGCUGACGGGUACUUACGACGGCACCAACCUCGGCACCAAGGUCAUCAAGGAGCACGAGGAGAGGCAGCUGCAGGAGGCCGUCAUCUGCACCAUCGGCUCCUUUGCCAACACGCUUCCCAACUACCAGAGGUCAGAGGUCAUGCUCUUCAUCAUGGGCAAGAUCCCCAUCCCUGGCAUGCACCCCGCACUGGCCUCCGCAGGCUCCGGGCCUGAGGGGAACAGGAUGAUCCAAGUGAUGCUGCUCAAGUCUCUAAGACAGGUGACGGAGGGCUUUGUGAGCACCAACAUGCUGACGGCGCUGCCCAGCUCGUUCCUGGACCCGCUGCUGUGCCUCUCCCUGCUGGAGGACCCGGAGGUGCGCCUGCUCGUGCUCCAGAUCCUCGUCAGCCUCAUUGAUCGCCAUGACAACAAGCCCAAGUUCUCCUCCAUCAGCAUCAUCUCUGACAUCUCGGUGCUCAAGCUGAAGGUGGAUAAGUGCUCCCGGCAGGACAACCUCUUCAUGAAGAAGCAUUCUCAGCACCUGUACCGCCACAUCUACCUGUGCUGUAAGGAGGAGUGGAGCGAGCAGCCGCACUUUGAGAUGCUCUACGCCCUGCUGGCCCUCAUCUCCAUGGAGCUGGCCAACGAGGAGGUGGUGGUGGACCUCAUACGGCUAGCCCUGGCCCUGCAGGACCUGGCGUUGAGCAGUGAUGAGUCUCUGCCGGUGUAUAACCGCUGUGCUGUGCACGCCCUCUCUGCUGCUUACCUCAACCUCAUCUGCCAACUCACCACUGUGCCCUCUUUCUGCCAGCACGUCCACGAGGUAAUAGAGGUGAGACAGAAGGAGGCGGCCCAUCUGCUUCCUGAGGACGUGUUCAUCGAGAGUCCUCGGAUCCCAGCAUCUCUGGAGGAGGUGGAGGGGGAGGUGCUGUUUCUGCAGAGUAAGAUUGCUGAGGUGGAUCCCAGCAUCUCUGGAGGAGGUGGAGGGGGAGGGAUCCCAGCAUCUCUGGAGGAGGUGGAGGGGGAGGUGCUGUUUCUGCAGAUGCGGCCAUUGUCUGAUGCAGAGCUGAUAGGCGCCCUGUCCAACACGCUUAAAGGGCCAGCACAUAGCUGGUGGAUGGUGGCGAAAAACAAUGUGCACAACUGGCCUGAGUUUAAGGACGCCUUUAAGGAUGCCUUCCUCCCUCCUGAUUACCUCACCGAGGUAGAAGAAAAGCUACGGGACAUGCUGGCUGUCUCAGGGGCACCCGUCACAAACGUGGACCAGCUGGUUCAGAUUGGCACCCUGGUGGAGAAAGACUGCAGCUCAUCUAAAGAGUACUGGGGAAAGGUGGACCAGCAAAAGGCCAAGGAGAAGGGCUUAAAGAAGACCCAGGACAAGGGGCCUUCUAAGGAUGCCAGGAAACCUGCUGAUGUGGUGACAGUAGUGCAGCUGGGACGGAAGCCUCCAGUGGAUCCCAGCAUCUCUGGAGGAGGUGGAGGGGAGGUGCUGUUUCUGCAGAGUAAGAUUGCUGAGGGAUCCCAGCAUCUCUGGGAGGAGGUGGAGGGGGAGGUGCUGUUCUGCAGAGUAAGAUUGCUGAGGUGUGAUAAAGGACACUUCUCCCCUCUGCCCGUAGGAUCCCCAGCAUCUCUGGAGAGCAUCUCUGGAGGAGGUGGAGGGGAGGUGCUGUUUCUGCAGAGUAAGAUUGCUGGAGGUGUGAUAAAGGACACUUCUCCUCCUCUGCCCGUGGGAUCCCAGCAUCUCUGGAGGGAGGUGGAGGGGAGGUGCUGUUUCUGCAGAGUAAGAUUGCUGAGGUGUGAUAAAGGACACUUCUCCUCCUCUGCCCGUGGGGAUCCCAGCAUCUCUGGAGGAGGUGGUGGGGAGGUGCCAGAGAUCCCAGCAUCUCUGGAGGAGGUGGAGGGGGAGGUGCUGUUUCUGCAGAGUAAGAUUGCUGAGGUGAUCCCAGCAUCUCUGGAGGAGGUGGAGGGGGAGGUGCUGUUUCUGCAGAGUAAGAUUGCUGAGGAUCCCAGCAUCUCUGAGGGAGGUGGAGGGAGGUGCUGUUUCUGCAGAGUAAGAUUGCUGAGGUGUGAUAAAGGACACUUCUCCUCCUCUGCGUCUGUGAUCCCAGCAUCUCUGGAGGAGGUGGAGGGAGGUGCUGUUUCUGCAGAGGAUCCUGCAGCAUCUCUUGGAGGAGGGGUGGAGGGGAGGCUGUUUCUGCAGACAUCUCUGGAGGAGGUGGAGGAGCUGUUUCUGGAGGGGAGGUGUGCUGUUCCUCCUCUGAGUAGGAAGAUCUUGGAGGAGGUUGAGGGAAGAGAUAAUGGGGAGACCAUCUCACUGCAGGUGGAGGUGGACUCAAGAAACAGCCCAGAGAAAGAGGAGAGAACCCCUGCUGAGGAGAUCACCUUCCAGACCCUGAAGAACGCCAUCGUUGAUAGUGUGGGGAUGGAGGAACAGGAGAGGGAGCGUAGGAGGCAGGUGGUGGAGAAGUUCCAGAAGGCCCCCUUUGAGGAGAUAGCUGCCCACUGCGGUGCCCGAGCUACCAUGCUGCAGAGUAAACUGAACCAGAUCUUUGAGAUCACCAUCAGGUACAGUGUA